GUAACCCAACCGACUUCUUCUCGCAAUUCCGGUCAUGUUUGCAUUCCGAUUCUCCUCCGUACUACUGUUGGCCCUGAGUUUGGCUGCCGAAGUGUUGGGUUCGCCGACGACCUCGACCUGCAGGAAUCCUAUCAAGCGGAAGGAAUGGCGCGCACUUUCGCGUGGAGAAAAGAAGAACUACCUCAAAGCCGUCCAGUGUCUCGGCCGCAAGCCCGCAAAGUUCAAUGCCGAUAUUCCCGGCGCCACAUCGAGAUUUGAUGAAUUCCAGGGCGUGCACAUCCAACAGACCGAGAGAAUUCACUUUGUUGGCGCGUUCGCUAUCUGGCAUCGGUACUACCUGAUGGAAUUUGAGAGGGCAUUGCGAACGGAGUGUGGCUGGAAAGCUGGUAUCCCGUACUGGGACUGGACAAUCGACGCGGAAAGCGAUAUCCCGAUGGAGGAGUGGUCGAUCUUCAACUCCGACGACGGCUUUGGGGGUAACGGGCCCUACAUGGACCUCCCCGCCAAUAGCACUCUCUUCCCCGUUCCCGGUCGCACCGGCGGAGGCUGCGUCCCGGACGGCCCGUUCACGGCUGACAAGUUCCUUGUCGGCCUCGGUCCUUCGCACAACGCGUCGAUCGCAAAUCCUCACUGCCUCAAGCGUGACUUCUCGCCGGAGGUGGUGAAGUACAACCUGCAGAAGGCGACGUGGAACGAAGUGCUAGAACAGUCCAAUUUCGGGCGCUUCGCGAAACGGCUGGAGGCGGAGCCGAACUGGACAACUACCAAUAUCCACGGCGGAGGCCACUUCGGUAUCGGUGGCAGCAUGGGCGAUAUGGGAGAUUCCUACAAUUCCCCCGGUGACCCGCUGUUCUACCAACACCACGCAAACCUCGACCGCCUCUUCUGGGAUUGGCAGAAGAUCUCUCUGCCAGCGCGGCUGAAGGACGUCUCUGGACCCAUCUACAUGUUCGAUUACGCCAACGCCGUGGGCGGAAACAUCACGCUCGACUUCGAGAUUAAUCUGGGUCCGUUGGGCAAGACAAAGAAGCUGAAAGAGCUCAUGGACAUUAGACAGAAGGACAUCUGCUAUACUUACGUAUAGCGAUGGAUGUAUGUAGCAUGGCGGAGUAAUGGGAGAAAGAGCGUACCUAUGACUUUGUGCCGUCACUCA